AUGUCAACAUCACCAGAUCCCGGUCCGGUGAAUGGGCACACGCGUCUCUCUGCCGACGGACCUAGCACGCGUGUGGACGAUACCAGCCAGAGUGACAGCGGCCUUUCAGACGCUCAGCCCGCUGUGGUUGAUGCCGCUACCUCUGAGUCAGACGACGCCGCCGGCUCGCAGGACGAGGGUCCCGAGUUUGCUCCUGACGAGCAGGAAGACCCUUCUGACUCCAGCGAUCACGAUGCCUCGGACGAUGGCGACUUCGAUGUCCCAGACAGGUCUGCCUCCGUACAAAGCAACGCCGCUUCCGACCGCGCCGCCUCAGUCUCGGUUCGCCCUGCCGUCAAGCGGAAAGCCGCCCAAGUAAUAGAAGAUGAAUAUAUGCGAGAAAACCCCGAGUUGUAUGGCCUGAGACGUAGUUCGCGUCCCAUCCAACGCCGGAAGCUCGUCGAUUCAGACGACGAAGAGGAAGGAUCCGAGUCUGAUGUCGCCCAGGCGCCCCGGAAGGCGGCCAAUAAGCGUCGUCGCCUCGAGCGGUCCCUGCCUGCUUCCAAGCGAGGUACACCGGCCCGCCAGACCUCUGCUGACGAUUCAGACUCCGAUACCUACGGCGGCGCGAAAGCCCGCAGCUUCCGGAAAAAGGCUCGCCGGCAACAAGAGCUACAGCCCGAACUGGCCCUCGUCGAGAAGCGAUGGUCCAGCCGCCGCGCUGCUCAAGUCUCGGUUGGUGCCUACCAAGAAAGCGACGCCGAUGAGGAUGACGGAGAGGAUGGGGCUACCCCGAACUACUGGGCCGCCGGUGUGGAAGACAACUCGCCCUACAUUGAAAAGAUCCUCCGCCACCGCCCCAAAGAAGGCGUUGAACUCACACCUGACGCUACCCGCCACGACUUUGAGUAUUACAUCAAGUGGCAGGGGAAGUCGCAUCUCCACAACACCUGGGAGACGACCGAGACUGUUGCUGGGUUCCGUGGAUUUCGCCGGCUCGAAAACUACUACAAGAAGACGGUGGAAUACGAGCUUGACUUAAAGUUCGGCGGUGACGAAAUCAGCCCCGAGCAACGCGAGCAAUGGUUGCUGGACCGCGAACGCGAAGAAGAGGCCCUGGCAGACUACACCAAGGUUGAGCGUGUUGUUGCCGUUCGUGAUGGUGACGACGGCCGCGAGUACUUUGUCAAGUGGAAAGGGCUCCAGUAUGAUGAGUGUACUUGGGAAGAUGCUUCCCUAAUUAGCAGUCAUGCCCAGGACAAGAUCGACCAGUUCUUGGACCGGACAUCGCGCUCCUGGCAGUCGGAUAAGAAGCAAACGAACCCCGAAACCCGCUCGAGGAUGACCAAGCUGGAGAAGCAGCCAUCUUACAUCAAGGGCGGCGAACUUCGCGAAUUCCAAAUGAAGGGCCUCAAUUUCCUUGCACUCAACUGGACUCGCGCCAAUAACGUCAUCCUGGCUGAUGAGAUGGGUCUCGGCAAGACAGUCCAGACGGUCUCGUUCCUCAGCUGGCUGCGCAACGACCGUGGCCAGGAAGGGCCGUUCCUUGUCGUAGCGCCUCUCAGUGUGAUCCCAGCAUGGUGCGACACCUUCAACCACUGGGCUCCAGAUCUCAACUACGUUGUCUAUCUUGGGCCCGAGGCGGCUCGUGCCAACAUUCGCGAAUACGAGCUCUUCGUCGACGGCAACCCAAAGAAGACUAAAUUUAACGUCUUGGUGACAUCGUACGACUAUAUCCUCGCCGAUUCCGACCAUCUCAAGGGCAUCAAAUGGCAGGUUCUCGCCGUCGACGAAGCCCACCGCCUCAAGAACCGCGAGUCACAGUUAUACGCCAAGCUUAACAGCUUCGGCGUCCCUUGCAAGGUCCUCAUCACUGGUACACCAAUCCAGAACAACCUUGCCGAGCUGUCAGCGCUCCUGGAUUUCCUCAACCCCGGCAAGGUCCUGAUCGACGAGGAGCUUGAGUUGCUGUCGACCGCGGAUAACAAAGAGGCCACCGACGAGCAGCAAGACGAGGCCAAACGGUUGAAGACACAAGAGAAGCUCCGCGAGCUGCACACCGCCAUCGCACCAUUCAUCCUGCGUCGAACCAAGGAGACGGUCGAGCAAGAUUUGCCGCCCAAGACCGAAAAGAUCAUCCGGGUCGAACUGUCGGACGUUCAGUUAGAGUAUUACAAGAACAUCCUCACGCGAAACUACGCUGCACUCAGUGAUGCGAGCAACGGUCAUAAACAAUCGCUGCUCAAUAUCAUGAUGGAGUUGAAGAAAGUCAGCAACCAUCCAUACAUGUUCCAGGGUGCCGAGGAGCGGGUCCUCGCUGGCAGUUCCCGUCGCGAGGACCAAAUCAAGGGUCUCAUCACAAGCAGUGGCAAGAUGAUGCUGCUGGACCAGCUUCUUGCCAAGCUGAAAAAGGAUGGCCAUCGGGUUCUGAUUUUUAGUCAGAUGGUCAAGAUGCUGGACAUACUGGGCGACUAUCUCCGAGUGCGGGGGUACCAGUUCCAGCGCCUCGACGGCACAAUCCCCGCCGGCCCUCGCCGCAUGGCCAUCAACCAUUUCAACGCCGAAGACAGCGAUGACUUCUGCUUUCUCUUAUCAACGAGGGCUGGCGGUCUCGGCAUCAACCUGAUGACCGCUGACACAGUCAUUAUCUACGACUCGGACUGGAAUCCGCAGGCCGACCUGCAAGCGAUGGCACGGGCCCACCGGAUUGGGCAGAAGAGACCUGUCAACGUCUAUCGCCUGGUUGCGAAGCAAACCAUUGAGGAGGAAGUUGUCAAACGUGCGCGCAACAAGCUUUUCCUCGAGUACCUUACCAUACAGGCUGGCGUCACGGAUGAGGGUAAGGCCCUCCGUGAGCAGUUCAAGGAACAUGGCUUGAAGAUCGACGAGGCAAAGACCGCCGAGGAUAUCUCCAUGAUCCUCAAGAUGCGGUCUCAGAAUUUGUUUGAGCAGUCUGGCAAUCAAGAAAAGCUGGAGCAGCUCGACAUCGAUGCAAUUCUCGAGAAUGCAGAAGUCACAAAGACAGACAUCGAUGACAAGAUCAAUCUCAGCAGCGGCGGAAUCGACUGGGAUAACUGGAUGCAAGUCACCGACGUCAAGGUAGAUGACUUGAACCUUGACUGGGACCAGAUCAUCCCUGCCGACCAGCUUGCCGCCAUCAAGGCGGAGGAGGAGAAGAAGAUGCAUGAUGAAUAUCUGGCAAGGGCCAUGGAAGAAAGCGCACCCCGCAAAGCUGCGCUCAAGGGCUCUAAAAAGAGCGUUGAAACAGAACGGGCUGAGCGUCUCGCCAAAAAGAGGCAGCGCGAAAGGCAGGAGCAAGAAGACUUAGAGGAGCAACGAGCGCUGCUUCAAGACCCGCGUCGUCCUCUCAACGAGAAGGAGACCCGCAAUCUCAUCCGCGCAUUUUUCCGCUACGGCUACUUCGACGACCGCGAAGACGAAAUCGUUCAUGACGCUCGCCUGAGCGACCGAGACCACGGCUUCCUCAAGUCCAUCAUCGAGGAUUUGGUUGCUGUGAGCAAGCGGGCUGUGGAUGAGAACAAUGAGAAGCUGCGCGAGGAAGAAGAGAGAGCCGGAAAGCCGCUUGCGAAAAAGGAUAAGAAAGCUGUCUUGGUCGAUUUUGGGGAGGUCCGCAAGGUCAACGCCGAGACUGUCGUCGAACGUCCGCCCCAACUAAGGCUGUUGCGCCGUGUGCUCCGAGAGCACGGUGGUGCCUUGACGUUCAGACUAAACGAGGCCAGCAAAGCGGCCCAGUAUUCAUGCGAAUGGGGGGCCCGAGAAGACGCCAUGUUACUCGUGGGCAUUGACAAAUACGGCUUUGGUGCUUGGACGCAGAUCCGGGACGACCCGGAGUUACAGAUGCGCGACAAAUUCUUCCUCGAAGAACACCGAGUGGACAAGAAGGAGGAGCGUAAGAGGGCCGAGGAGAAAGUGAUCCAGUCUCCAGGAGCUGUCCACCUGGUCCGGCGGUCCGAGUAUCUCUUGUCUGUGCUCAUGGCCAAGUACGCAGAUGACGCGAACGCUAAGAAGGCCGUGGAGAACCAUCACCGCAGCAAAAAGCUGUUGACGAACGGCAUACGUCGCGGCGACGGUAGCUCUGUCUCGGCCUCGCCGGCUCCACCCCUUUCCAAGAAGCCGAGCCAGCACCGUGACCGCGAUCAUCACCGGUCGUACAGCAACGCCAACGACCGCGGUACGCCUCGGCCGGACAAGCGAAAGUAUCCCGAGGAUUACGAGGAUCGCAGCUCCAAGCACCGGCGGCUGGAAGCUGACAGCAAGCAUGAAAAGAAAGCCAAGGACAAGGAAACGGAGAAACCCAAGUUGGAUCCCGAGACUAUGGAGCGGUACAAACGUGACAGGCAAAAAGCGGUUGAGCGGUUCCAGGAGCUGGCCAAACUUCGCGACGACGAAAUUGACAGCUCAGACAACGCACAGCUUGUUUGGUCCGUUUUACGGCCACUCAGGCCAAACAUGGAGCGCAUCAUGCGUUCCAUGGAGCAAGUUCCCGUUAAGAAGGAGCGGGCCAAGCUCCUUGGCGAGGAGAUACUCAUAUUUGGCAACUUCCUAAAGGGCUUGCGGGGGCAAAACGGCAACGAUCUUGACAGCUUGGAGCCCCAGUUUUGGAACUUUCUGUCCUCGAUCUGGCCCAUAGGAAAUGUCAGGGUGUCUGGGAAUCGACUUCAGAAAAUGUUCCGCGAGCUUUCUAACAAGGAUAGGGAGAAGCAAGCAGAAGCCCCUGCCAACGACCAGAGGCGUGUGAAGAACCCGGACCUAGAGGAUGGGGAGAUUGCGAGCGACCGCGAGGAACGCCGCGCCCGGGAUCCGUACCGCGACGACCGGCGACAGGACCGUCGCGAGGAGAGGCGUGAAGAAAGGCGCGACGAGAGACGAGACGACCGUAGGGAGGAGCCCACACGCCGCAACUAUUAUGAAGACGGCGACCGCCUGAAUUUUUACCGCCAUCGCCGGCCGGACAACAGGAAUGUCCCCGUCCGGCAUUCGUCGUGGCAGAGCCGGAGUCCGCCGGCCCGGCGUAGUCCUUACUGA